AUGAAGUCUGCGGGGGUCGGAGAUGGCGGACUGUUCACCGAGAGCUACUGCAACAUCUGUAACGCCCAGCUCAUUUCAGAGUCUCAGCGUGUCGCACACUACGAGAGCAAGAAGCAUGCCAACAAAGUCCGCCUGUUCUACAUGCUCCACCCGGAAGACGGAGGUCCUCCAUCCAAACGACUGAGACCGGACAACCCGGACAGUUCAGAGACUGAGGUGGACAGGAACAAGUGCUGCACGCUUUGCAACAUGUUCUUCACAUCCGCCAUCGUGGCUCAGUCCCACUACCAGGGAAAGACACACGCCAAGAGGGUCCGCCUGGUCCUGGGUCAACCUCCGAGCAUACCCGCCACAGCAGAUUCUGCUCCUACCACUCCACAGCCCACAGCUCCCCAUCCACCUCCUCAACCUUCAUGGCCCACUGUGGCCAACAGCGGGGAGGCGGGGAAGUACUGCUGUCUGUGCGGGGCCUGGUUUAACAACCCUCUCAUGGCUCAGCAGCACUACGAGGGCAAGAAGCACAAGAGGAACGCGGCACGCGCCAGGCUACUGGAGCAGCUGGCGGGCAGUUUGGACGCCACGGAGACCACAGGCCUGCGCAGCAGCUAUUCAUGCAGCGUGUGCAAAGUCGUCCUGAACUCCAUUGAACAGUACCACGCACACCUCCAAGGCUCCAAACACCAAAACAAGAGGGAAAACUCUGAUCUGAGCCCAGAUACCAGCAGCCAUCUGCUACGGCCCACAUAA